CAGCAACAAAAACAUGAACAACAUGGCUUCCUUAAACUCCCUAGUUCUGCUCCUUGCAGCUCUUGUUCUGUCCCCUCAAGUGCUUGCAAACUAUGAAAAACCUCCUGUGCACAAGCCUCCCAUUAAGAAGCCACCGGUAGAAAAACCACCGGUUUAUAAGCCACCGGUUCACAAGCCCCCAGUUGAGGAAAAACCAGUUCGGAAACCACCAGUGCACAAGCCACCACAUGGGAAGCCACCACUGCAUGAGUCACAAUAUGAGAAACCCCCCGUUUAUAAGUCCCCACCAGUUCACAAGCCUCCGGUGGAGAAACCACCGGUGCACAAGCCACCAGUUCAGAAACCACCGGUUCACAAGCCACCACAUGGAAAACCACCGGUUCAUGAGUCUCAAUAUGAGAAGCCUCCUCUUUAUAAGUCUCCACCAGUUGAGAAACCACCGGUUUACAAGCCCCCAGUUCAGAAACCACCGGUUCACAAGCCACCCCACCCUAAGUACCCUCCAGGUUCCAACUGAGCCACCCACCUGUGAUGUUCAGAAUUGUGCUUUAACUAUAUGCAGAAAUAAGAGGUGUUUGUAACUGCUACCGUUGUCGUGUUUUAGUUUAGUUUGCAUGUUCUGGGAAGGACCACUCUUAGUUCUUCUUUUCAAGCAUUUCUUUGCCAUGCAUGGAUGCGUAAUGUAGAACCGAGAAACACUGCUUUCUACUCCAAACUAUGAAUAAUACAACUUUAUAUUAUUAAUCAUAUCACCUUUCCUUCCUUAAA